AUGAGGAAUAAGAUGUGGAAAAUCGUUGAAUUCUGGGAUGUACUGCUGUGGAGUUGGAUAUUUAUCACUACUCUAGCAGAGGUUGCCAUUCAAAUUCCACCAAACAACAAAGAUGCCAUCCAAGGGGAUAAUAUCAAAUUCAUCUGUAAGGUCCAUCCUGACAUCCAGAACUUUCACAUGAAAUGGAAACAUAACAGUGUCGCUAUAGAUACAUCCUCCAAUGUGGAAAAAUAUAAGGAAAUGGAAAACGGACAAAUUUUCUUCAUUCGUAAUGUUGACCGCUACGAUUCUGGAACAUACACAUGUGUUGCUACAUCUGGCAGUGAUAAAGACCGGGCAUCUGCAACAUUAACCAUAAAAACUACUCCAGACCCUCCUUCUAGAGUGGAAAUUGUGUCCUGUUCUGGACUCAUGGUAGAACUGUCCUGGGAUGCCGGAGGUGAUGGUGGCUCCAGUGUAAUAUCAUAUCUUACUCAAUUCAACACUUCAGACAAUCCAAACUUUUGGAAUAACUAUUAUGAAGAGAUUCAGGGAGAAAAAACGACAGGUAUUGUGAACCUGUCACCGUGGGGAGAAUACUCAUUUAGGAUGUUAGCAAGAAACAUUAUUGGUUACAGUGAACCAAGUCAGCCCACACAUUCAUCUUGUUCAACGCCACCUGACCAUCCGGGCGGAAAUCCUAAAAAUGUCCGCACACUCACUCAUAAGAAGAAAAAGUUGAUCAUUGCAUGGAUGCCAAUGCCAAGACUGUAUCAUAAUGGACCAGGAUUUAAAUAUAUAGUAUCCUGGCGACCCAAAGGAAGUACAUACUGGAAUACUAAAGAAGUUCGUAAUGCUAACGCUAAACAAGUGGAAAUAGAUGUCACGGAUAUAUAUGGUCUUUACGAGGUUAUGGUGAAGUCAGCUAAUGAUAUCGGAGAAUCUUUCCAACCUCCAUUUAUCAGGCUCGGUUAUUCUGGUGAAGCUGAUCCGAUAGUUUCACCAAAAGAUUUUCGGCUUGAUCCAACGCAGCCAAUAGAACCGCACACAGCAAACUUUAUUUGGGAGUCUGUUGAUACAUCAGAAGAAAAAAUACGUGGAAAGUUUCGAGGAUAUAAAUUACGAUUUUGGAAGUCCAGUGAAGGACGACAUAAGUGGAAGGAAGUGGAUGUUGUAGUAGAAACAACGGAGGGUUACCAAUUACCAGACGUUCGAGCAGCCAUUGAAGGACUACCUGCAUAUACUGCUCUACGUGCCCAAGUGGCUGUUAUGAAUGGUCAUUACACAGGCAUGCCCAGUCAGACCAUUGACUUUAAAACACCAGAGGGAGUACCAGGUCCUGUGCGGAAACUUCAUGUGGAAGAAAAAGGCAAAAGUUACAUUCUCUUAAAAUGGCUGCCACCAGAUGAACCAAAUGGUAUUCUGAAAGGAUAUGACAUAGGCUACCAGCUUGUGAAUGGAGAUAAGUAUGGACCAGUGAAGUCCCUCAAAACACAGAUCACAAACCCAUCAACUUUAGGGGCACGUAUCUGGGGCCUCAAAACCAAUCACAAUUACAGGUUCUAUGUUUGGGCUCGUACCAAGAUUGGAAAAGGUUUGCCAGUCUUCAUGGAAGUUGAAACUGCCGGUGAUUCUAUCCCUGUUAUACCUUAUCCCAUUUUAUCGGCUGUGGAAUCAACGAGUAUCAACAUCACAUGGACAGCCAUGAUGUAUCAGGAGAAAGAUAUUCAAUAUCUUCUCGAAUACAGAACCGAAGGACAAUCAGAUUGGCUCAGCACGGAUUCCUCAGAUGGCAGAUCAUGGAAAUAUCUUGAUGGUCUCAUUCCCAACACAAAAUAUGAUGUACGCUUAGUAGCAAUGAACAGGGUUGGGGCCACAAAAUAUGGCAAAAUUUUCUCCAUAGUAACCACUCCCAAACAAGGAGGAGGGAACGACUACAGUUAUGAUGCCUCCAGUGGACAAUUGGCUAGUAUACACCAUCCACUAAGUAUUGCCUCAAAGACACAAAACCUGGCCAUCCUGCUACAAAUUGUGUUGACACUCCUGACAUUCCUGUUUGUGAUCUAUUAGGGAAUUCUGUGAUAGAUUUGUAUUUCAGUAUUUUUUUAAAAACAAAUUAAAAAAGGUCAACUUUUUUUUGUUAACUUCCAUAU